CACCAAUCAACGGAAAGAGCCGAAGAUGUCGGAACGGUCAUGUGAUCAGCUGUGUCCAAUCACUGAUCAUCAGGGCACUGAUGAUGAUCAGUGUAGCCCCAUCAGUGCCACCUGUCAGUGCAGUGUCAUCAUGCCAGCUGUCAGUGCUCAUCAAUGCCAUCAAUGCUACAUGCCAGUGCCCAUCAGUGCCACAUCAAUGCCACAUAUCAGUGCCCAUCUGAGCUGCCUUUCAGUGUCACCUAUCAGUGCUGCCAAUCAGUGCCACCUAUCAGUACCAGUCAGUGCCACCUAUCAGUGCCAGUCAGUGUCGCCUAUCAGUGCUGCCUAACAGUGCCAGUCAGUGCCACCUAACAGUG